CCGCAGCUGGAGACCCUGAUGCCAAGAGUUUCCCGGUGGCACCAGCCUUCACCUGCCCCAUCAAUGGUAACCAUGUGUUGUGCCUGUGUUGUAUGCAGCCCAUGCCAGACAGAAGGCAUCCGUAUGUUAAUGGGGGAACCAUACCUCCACAGCAGUGCUUCCUGUGUCUUCGUUCAUUCUGUCAUGCUUACUGGGGUUGCCAAAAGGCUGAUUGUCAAGGAUGUCUAGCUGAGUUUCAAGACUUAAACUUUGGAAAGCAAUGCCUAACGUCACUUGUUCUGGACAACCAUUAUGAGUCUAAAGUUCUGACAGACUACAUCACAAGUCUUGGGAUGUCAGUGAAAGAUCUUUUUAAGGAGUGUUUGCACAAAGUCCACACAGGCGGUUACACAUUUUCUAACCAGGCCAGACUGACUUCAAUGCAUGGGUUCAACACUCCUGUGUGCUAUGGUUGUGGAUUUCAAGCAUUCAAAGAGCUGGCAUAUUAUUAUAGAAAAGACAUUCCUGCUGAAAGUUUACCUAAGGAAGUCACUUCUAGACCCAACUGUUACUGGGGCAAGAAUUGCCGAACCCAGAAGAACAAACCAGAACAUGCAGUACGUUAUAAUCACAUCUGUGACCAGUCCAGAACCAUGUAG